AUGUUUGAACUUGAGAAUAAGCAAUUGUUUUCCUGGUUUGCAGUUUACGGAGAUGGUCAAGAUUCAACUCUAGUGAAUAGUGCAUUAUUAGACUUGAUUGAACUUGAUUGUUUAGUGAAAAAUGACGAAUGGGGUAAACUAGGUUCAUCGUCUUUUGUUGGUCAGUUGCUGAAAUGUCAAAGAAGAACGGUCAACGAAACAACUCCAUAUGCAGCGUUAUGGAUGGGAGUUCAUCAAUCUGGACCGUCAAAAGUUAUCGGGUUAUCACCUGAUUUUGAUUCAAAGCCAAUUGACUCUCUCUUAAAAGCUUGGCCUGAGUUUAUUGGAAACAUUGAUAUUGCCGCUAAAUAUGGCUUUAACUUACCAAUCUUGGUUAAAAUACUUUCGAUUGGACAUUCAUUGCCACUCCAGAUUAAUUUAAGCACAAACAGUGGUUCCAAAUCUUGCAAGAUUAUCCUCGCCUUAACUCCAUCAUCAUUACUGUGUGGAUUCAGACCUCACAACGAGAUAAUUAACAACCUAAAAAAUUUUCAAGACUUGCGGUUAUUGAUAAACAGCUCUACUCUUACAAAGUACAUUCAAAGCGUAUCCGGAACGCAGGUUGAAUCUUCUCAAUCAAAUGUCUAUCUAAUGCAGUGUUUCAAUGAAGCCAUCAGUAAUUGUCAAGCUCAGAAGUCUAUAGGUAAAGCUUUACUGGAAUCAAGUGAAGCAAUUGAAAGUACAAAGAUCAAUAUAAUUUUGAAAAGCCUGUCAGACAAAGGUCUUGAUACCAAAAGUUUGGUGUCUUUAUUUUUCCUCAACUACGUCAAUUUGAAUUGUGAUCAAGCUGUCAUCAUUGAAGCUAAUCAAGUUCAUAUGCUCCUUGAUGGAAACUACCUUGAAGUGUCCAAUCCAAAUGAUAAAGUGAUUAGUUCUGAAACAACCUUGGAAAACAUAAGUGCAUCGAUUUGUGUCACGCAAGACUCACCAAAAAUCGUAAAUCCUACGUCUGUGGAUGACUGUUCAUACGUUUACUCACCCGAAUCAAGCGACUGGACUGUUGAACUAAUAAAUGCCAAUCAGUACAAUGAACUUUCAUGUCCCAUUUACCAAGCAUCGCCAACCUCCUCUGGUUCCUUCAUCUUGUUCCUGGGUCCUACAGAGGCAAUAGUCAAUAACGUUUACCGCCUCAAACCAGGUCAAAUAUUUUUUGUUCCUCCAGGCUUACCAUUGCGAUUCACCCAAUUGAGAGGAGCUUUCAGAUUAUUCCGUAUUUCACUGAAAUCUUGA